AUUUUCUUCUUCUUAAAACCCUACACAAACUCAAAACCCCCCAAGUACUUUCUUCUUCUUCUUCUAACACCCGAUCGUCCAAAUUCCAAAUUAGGGUUUCCAAAAUGGUGGCUGACAAAGGCAAGAAGCCCAAGGUCGGAGACAAAAUCGAAGACGGUGGUGAACAAAUUGACGCUGACCUUGUUCAAUCCAUUGAAAAGUUGCAGGAGGUUCAAGAUGAGCUCGAAAAGAUCAACGAGGAGGCAAGUGAUAAAGUAUUGGAGAUCGAGCAGAAAUACAAUGAGGUCAGGAAGCCGGUGUACGACAAGCGGAAUGAUAUUAUCAAGUCAAUUCCCGACUUUUGGUUGACUGCUUUCUUGAGUCACCCUGCUCUCUCUGAUCUUCUUAAUGACGAAGACCAAAAAAUAUUCAAGCAUCUAACCUCUCUUGAAGUUGAAGAUAUGAAAGAUGUGAAGUCGGGUUACUCGAUCACCUUUAACUUUAGUCCCAACCCGUACUUUGAGGAUACAAAGCUCACAAAAACUAUCACUUUCCUUGAUGAGGGAACUACAAAAAUUACUGCAACGCCAAUCAAGUGGAAAGAGGGCAUGGGACUUUCAAAUGGAGUUACACAUGAAAAGAACGGAAAGAAACGGCCCCUUGAGGAGGACAGCUUCUUUAGCUGGUUCAGUGGGACCCAACGGAAAGAUGAUAUGGAUGAAAUUCCCGAUGGGCAGGUUGCGGAAAUGAUCAAAGAGGAUUUAUGGGUUAAUCCUCUUACUUAUUUCAACAAUGAUGCUGACGAAGAAGAGGAGUUUGGUGAUGAGGAUGAUGAAGAGGACAUUGGCACAGACGACUCGGAAGAAGACGAGGAAGACGACCAAGAAUAGUGAGUCUGUUAAGGUUUUCGACUAAGUUUUCAGCUUUAGGGAUUUGAUAGCCGUUUAUCAAUCGGCCGGGUUUAUAGUUAAAAAUGGUGCUUGCUAUUUUGAAGUUCUAAAUUAUGGUUUUGUUCUAUUUUUUUAAAUGUCUCUUAUCAACUGCAAAAGUAGAAAUAGGACACUAGCUAGCCCGACAUCGUGCUGUCCAUCCA